GCCGGUUUAAUGAGUCGGCGGCGAGGACGUGCGCGCUCCCGACUUACUCUUUGUGUGGCGGCGUAGAGAGACGCGGAGAGGAAAGCCAUGGCGGACGAAAAACCCAAGGAAGGAGUGAAAACGGAAAACAACGACCACAUUAACCUGAAGGUGGCGGGGCAGGAUGGGUCCGUGGUGCAGUUUAAGAUCAAGAGACACACGCCACUCAGCAAACUCAUGAAAGCUUACUGCGAGAGACAGGGAUUGACGAUGAGGCAAAUCCGAUUCCGGUUUGAUGGGCAGCCAAUCAAUGAGACAGACACGCCUGCACAGUUGGAAAUGGAAGAUGAAGAUACAAUUGACGUGUUUCAGCAACAAACAGGAGGCCUCUACUAAAAGCAUCUUCAAAAAAAGACCUUUCCAGAUACUGUUUCUUUGCAAACUCUUCCCAUUAUCACCACAGGAUAAAUUCAGUACAGAGGUAGAGAGGUUUUCACAGUUAUCUUAACUACUGUUGUAUAGUGUUUUCAUUCUUCUGUUUCUCUUUAUGUACAUAAAUAACCUCACAUGAUGGCACACACUCUUCGAGCUAUUUUGAAGUGGCCCUUCUGACAUUUUUUGACCAAAAUGCUGAAAGCAAAAUGGGAAUUUGAUCCCACAAUUUUGGGAAUUCUGGUGGCGUCUUUCCAAAAUGAACCCAGUAAGUUAUUUUUUCAGCUCAUUCUUUGGGAGAUUGAGAAUUACUGGUUUUCUGAUUUAUUUUUCUUUUAUCAUUAUCAGAAGAUAAAUUUUAUAUCUUUUUUUAUUUGUAGUGAUUAUGUGUAGAAUGAAACUUGUCUUAAGCAUAGUUUGAUUAGGCCAUAUGGUAAAAAGAAACCUGAUAGUGUUUCUGAGUCAAGUCAAACAUCUGUAUUGUUUAAUAAAUUUCUUGUUAAAAUAAAA